UACUUCUUUAAUAGAAAUCACAUUACACCCUUUUGAGUUCAUUUCUAUCUCUUUGUUUCUCACGAGGCAAACAUGGGCGUCAUCACCUACUCUCAAGAGUUCAAAUCCGCCAUCGCCCCAUCGAGGAUGUUCAAGGCUUUGAUCGUCGACUCGCACAAUGUCAUCCCCAAGAUCAUCCCCGAGGGCAUUAAGAGCGUCGAGUUCAUCGAGGGAGAUGGUGGAGCCGGCAGCAUCAAGAAAACUAACUUUGCCGAAAGUUCCCCCAUCAAGUACACCAAGCACAAGAUUGAUGCUCUCGAUGUGGACAACUGCUAUUGCAAAUACACUCUGAUCGAGAGUGGCAUCAACUUUGACAAGAUCGACUUUGUCGUCUAUGAGGUGAAGUUCAUCGCAGCUGACGGGGGAUCCGUUUGCAAGAUGACCAGCGAGUACCAUGCUAAGGAAGGUUGUGAGCUGAAGGAGGAUGACAUCAAGCAGGGCAAAGACAAAGCCACGGGAUUGGUGAAGACCAUUGAGGAGUACCUCUUGGCCAACCCCGAUGUUUGCGCCUAAAUGCUUUUUUUUUUUCAAUUUUCAAAUUCCUUCCGAGUGAUACUAUAAAUUGUGAGUGGACAAAUUGUAUUGUGUUUUCCUUUUUCUUCUUCUUGUGGCUCUAGGUUGGAGCUGUUUCGUGAGGAAAAGGUUUUUUUUUUUUUUUGGGGGUGUGAUUUCUAUCUUCUAAGUGAUUUGAUGGUCGUGAGUGUAAGGUCAAGUGGAAAUAAAGCUUCAAAAAGAGAAGUGAGCAAUACAACAAAUUAGAUUGCACUAUUUUCAAUUUUCUCCCCCAAAAAGAAGAUGUCUCUUGUUGUAUUUAUCAAGUUCUGAUGAAGCUUUUUCUAUUUUAUUUUCAA